AUGACUUCGUUUUUAAAGAAGGCGUAUCGAUUCCUUUCACCCGACGCGGAGAAGGAGGAAGAUGGCCGCGACAAAUGGCCCUCACGGGCUGCUUUCGUCCUCGCCGCCAUGGGAGGUGCUAUUGGACUCGGAAACAUGCUUCGAUAUCCGUCCGUCGUCUUUGCCAACAAUGGCGUGCAGUGGUUCAUCCCCUACCUGAUUGCGCUCUUCUUCCUCGGCAUCCCAAUCUUGAUCUUGGAGAUCUCGAUCGGUCAGGCAUAUCGCGGCGGCGCAGUCGUCGCCUUUCAUGGACUCAACAACCGAACAAAGGGCAUUGGUCUGGGUGUCAUCAUGAACGGAUACGUCGUUGCCACAUACUACGUGCCCAUCAUUUCCUGGAUCAUGCGGUACUUUCGAUCCUCGUUCCAGAGUCCGCUGCCGUGGACCGGCAGGGGCCAGGAGUUCUAUAUGGGAGACGUCGUCAGAAACCCAGACCCGAUCCCUGGCGCCAUGAGCGGAAACACCGUCACUAGCUACGUCAACUAUGCUGCUCGUGGCAUGGUCGGCGAGACUGUGGGAUGGGCCGCCUUUAUCUGGUUCCUUGUCUACCUUUGCAUGUACAAGGGAGUUGGAGUUACUGGUCGCGCAGUGUACGUCACGAUGGGUCUCCCAAUCAUCAUGAUGAUCAUCCUCAUUGGACGUUCAUUGUCUCUGCCCAACGCCAUCGACGGAGUCAAGUUGUACUUUGCCGAGUGGCAUAGCGACAAGCUCGCAGGUGGAGAUAUUUGGCAAGCUGCUGUCGGCCAAAUCUUCUUCUCCAUCGGUGUCGGCUUUGGCUACUUCACCUCCUAUGCUUCUUACAACACCAAAUACGCAAAUGCCGUCCAAGAUGCAUUUAUUAUUGCAUUUAGCAAUUCUCUAUUUGAAGUCCUUGCCGGGUUCGCUGUUUUCGGAGUGAUUGGCUUUCUGGGAUAUGAGCCUAAUCAAGGUGUCAAACUCGGCACUUUCACCGUCGGCUUUCUGACCUAUCCCCUGGCCUUGUCAGAAAUGCCCGGCGCCAAUGUCUGGGCCGUAUUGUUUUUCCUCACUCUGGCGCUGCUUGGUCUCAGUUCUGCUUUUGCUCUCGUCGAGUCCAUCGUCACGAUGAUUUGCGACUCCAGCUGGGGCCAACGCACCUCGCGAACUUGGAUCUCCACUGGUGUCAUCCUUGUUUCCUUUUGCCUCUCACUCAUAUACUGCACAGAGUUUGGUUUCUAUCUUCUAGAUGCUGUCGAUACCUGGACGAACAACUUGGCUCUCAUAUUUGUUGUAUGGUGCGAAGCUGUUGCAGUGACCAGCUUGUAUCGCUACGUUGAUGUCACCGGACAGGUCGGCGUUGCUGCAUAUGCUAUAUACAAUGCGGGAUACGUCUUUGCCAUGGUUCUUGGAGUUGCCGUGGCACAGUCGGUCACUGCCGAGGCUGGGGCUGGCACUGGCUUCGGUAUCUACAUUGUUGGUGCAUGCCUCUCUGUUGCUCUCUCGAAGACGCCGGAUUCUCUGGCGCCCUCAUUCUGGGGUAAAAACAGCUUCUUGAACAAGUUUUGGUGGCUUGGCUUUUAUUCAGCAAAUCAACUUUGUCGAGACCUGAACAAUGUCGUGGCCGUCGGCAAGAACUGGAGCAUUCCCGUUGUCUGGGGACCCAUUCUCCGCUACGUAUCUGCGCCGAUCAUGGCCGUCAUCUUUUCGUUUGCCUACCCGGCGUUUUACAAAGUUCGCAACGAUCCUCUGCACAUCUUCGCCUUCGCUGUUUCACAUGUCGUUAUGAUCAUCAUUGCGCUUGGCUUCAUUGUGCCACGUGCCUUCGACAUUUUCGUUCCGGCUGAUAAGCUUCACAUUGGAAAACCUUUCUAUGCGCCACAGGUUGUUGUGCUGGGAGUUCUUAACGGACAACAGGCUGCGGAGGCUGAAGCAAAUAGCCAGGAUACUGACGAGGACAGGAGCAGAGCAGUGAAGGGAGAGAAGUAUGGGAACUAG